AUGAAUCCCGUGAAAAGAAUUAUUGCCAUUUCGACAAGACAUCAAGGAAUGUCUGCUCCAUUCAAGAAUGAUGGAUUGCAGAAAAGCCCCAAUCAGAUUCCCUUCUAUGGUCUUGUGGCUGCUGCUUUGGCCGGUGGAGGAGCUCUGGCCUACUAUCGACCAUUCUCGCAUAAAGCUUCAUCAAAUGAAGGAAAACUCGAGAAGGCAAAGGAAGAAGGAGCAAAAGAACAAGGAAAAGAAGAGACAAAGGCACCGGGAAAGAAUCAAGCUAAUCCACAACAAGGACAAAAGGGAGGACCGGGAACGGCCACUCCAUCCAGUGGACAGGCACCUCGCUAC